AACAUUCCAGUCAAAGGAGAGAGCCAGAGAAUAAGAAACUUCAGCAGUUGUUCCUGUUCAUGGUCACUUCUUUGAUCACUUCUGCAAAGAUAUACAUCUCUAGGGUUUGUGCCUAGAGCAAACUGCAAGGGCCUCGCAAACAUUUUUCAGUCCUGGGGCUGCACGAAGACGAGUUUAAAGGUGUCCCACAUCUGAACUCACAAUGAAAGCAGGCUUCUUCUUUUCUGUCCUCCUCAGCAUGCUUGCUCAGCUCUCUCAGGCCCAGUACCAAUACCAGAACCUGAUGAACUACCUGGAAAGCCGAAUGGCUGCUUUGGAGGAACGUAUUGCAUCAUGGCAAGAGCAGAACAACCGUUACAACACUGACCUGAAGCAGUUCAAGAAUCAGGCUGCAGAUCUGCUGCAUAAACUGGGCAGUGAACAUGAAAAGCUGCGAGAGGAGCUGGAGGGAGCUGGGGUGCGGGUGGACCGAGUUGAGAAAGAGAUGGACUACAUCGAAACCAAAUACCCACCAAAACCUUGUGUUAAAGCGGUGGACAAAAUGCUGGAACAAAAGCCUGUGACGAAGGAAAGGAAGAAGAAGGAUGAGUUUUUUGAGAUUUCAGUUUGCGUCGACAUCGUGUCAAGUAUCCGCGCCAUGAAGAUCGUGAAAAGGCUGGGCAGCACCAAAGGAGCUUGGACCAAGGAUUCCAAAACAGCAAAGGUCUACGUCUUUAAUGGAACUUCUGAGGACACUUUGUAUGAGUUCAGCUCAGUAAAAGAGCUCUCUGCAUCAUCUGGCAUGUCCAAAGGCAAGCAGAUAACCCUCCCUAUGGCAUGGAAUGGUACAGGCCAUGCUGUCUAUGAUGGCUUUCUUUACUAUGUGACUGAGAGAUCAGAAUUGCAAGUGAUCAAGUUCCAUCUGGAGAACAGCUCUGUGGUGGACAGUGCCGUGCUUCCGGUACAGGACCAGUUGUCAGUGUACAGUUUCAAUCCUGAGACCAUGGUGGACUUGAUUGCAGAUGAGGAAGGACUUUGGGCAUUGUACACUGUUGGAGAUACUAUUAACCUUGCCAAGAUGGACUCUGAUACACUGGACAUCGAGCAAAUGUGGGAAACAUCAUGCUCCAGGAACAAUGCUGAAGCAGCAUUUUUUGUUUGUGGCACACUCUACGUGGUCUACAACACUAGACCCCCCAGCCGCUCCAGAGUUCAGUGUGUAUUUGAUGUUAAUGACAUGGUAACACCCGGAGAAGCCCCACUUGUCUACUUCCCUAGGCGGUACGGAGGUCACUCAAGCCUGAAGUACAAUCCUGUGGAGAAGCAGGUCUAUGCCUGGGAUGAUGGAUAUCAGAUUCUCUACAGGAUGGCCCUGAAGAAGAAGCUCUGGGCCAUAAUGCCACCUCCAGAGGAAUAACUGCAGAUGCAACGAGACUACUAAGAAAAACCUGACCAAAAAGAUUGUACACAAGAGUAUACUUACUGUAUCAACACAACUUUAAAAAUGUAGAACUUUUGAAUAGCUCACACAAGUUAAAUAUGAAAAUCUGACCAUAUGUUGAGGCGAAAUGCAAAAUCAGUGCCUAAUAUGGUGUUACAGCUAUUUUCAGUAUUUUUUUAUAGAAAUUUCUAGAAAAUGCUCCUAGGAUGGGUAAAACAAUACAUAAAUAAAUACAAUUUACAUACUU